UCGGCCAACUUUAGACUUCGGGAACUUGUGUUGUUCGCUUUAUCGGCGAAUUCCGCUUCGGAAAAAGGUAAUUUGUUUCUGAGUUCUCCUUUUUUCUUCGUUCUUCCUUCUACCCCUCAAUCUAAACCCUAGAUCGAGAUUUCGCGACCAUGGCAAAGAAUAGGGGCAAAAACAAGUUCGUUGUUGGCUCCUCUAGUGAGAGAGAGAACGUGCCUUCGGGGAGGUUACCGAAAUCUUCGAGGGGUCGACCUUCGGAGAGGCCGUUGGAGAAGAGUUCGAUUGGUUGGGAUGCUUCCGAAGAUGAACGUGCAACCUCUGGUGAGAGAGCUGGCUUUUCGGGUGUUCGUCGUCGUUACUCCGAGUUUCCAGUUCAUUGGUCGGAAGCUGAUCCGAAGGGCAAGUAUGCCUCAAUUUUGCAUGAGACCACGCAGAUCGACGGUCCGUUGGAGAAAUCGGUCAGCGGUGACUGGUUGGUGGAAGCGAAGUUAGGGAAUUAUCAUCGGAAGGCCGAGGAGCUAUACGGAAUUCAGCAUGCCUUGGGGUACUGGUGCGAGCUUCCUGAACAAGAGCGUCCUCGGGUGACUCAUCCACCGAGGGGGUUCAUUUCCGUGUAUACUCACCAUUUGGAGAAUGGUCUCCGCUUUCCUUUGGAUCCGUUCGUAUCCGAGGUUUUGGUGUCGUACAACAUUAGUUUGGCCCAGCUCACACCCAAAUCUAUGAGGCACAUAAUCGGAUUUAGAUGGGUGUGUGACUUCGUCAAUUUCCCUUGCUCUGUCGCUAUUUUUCGGGAUCUUCACGAUCUGGUUCUCAACCAUGCUUCCAAGGGUGAUGGGUAUGGUUGGUGGACCAUUGUCAACAAGAAGUCCCGAAAGAGGGGGGAUCCGAACUACAUCACGGCGUACCCCUACCUUAGCUCUGACCACAAUUGGAAGACGGAGUGGUUGCUCGUCCGUGUGCCGACGGAUCCGAAGCAUCCCAACUUUUAUCGUCCUCCGAAGUGGUUCGUGGCUCCUGAUCCUGAUAUGAGGGGUGUGGCGGCUCCAGAUCGGAACCAUCGCCACUAUGUGGACCUCCUCCAGUGGUUCUUGGCUCAAGAGGAUAACCACCGACUGCCGUCUAGCUGGCUCCCGAAUCUCAAUUACAUUCUGAGGGAGGACAUUCUUGCUGUUGCCGGUCUCAGCAGGAUUUUUGACAGGGAGUACGGCUUUAGCUGCAUUGAUCCUAAGAAGUUGGGCAUUUCUUUGGAUUUGAAGACUAUUCACGACCCGGCUCCCGAGUACAAGUUCGGAAAAGAUAACCCUCGUAAUCCUCGUCUGAAGGAUUACGUGUUGUCUCCUUUGGGGGUUGCUCGGAUAUCCGAAGUUCGAGCUGAUCCGUGGGAUUCCGCCUCUUCUGUUGAAGCUGUUCCUGUGAAGGUUGUGCUUCCUGAGUUGAAGACGACUUCGGAUCCGGAUCAACGCAAAAGGAAGGGUAGCACUCUUUUGAGGCCUUCCACGCAUCCGAAGAAAGCGAAGGCUUCUCAGCCCUCGGAGAAGGUAUUUGUUCUGACUUGGAGUUUUUGUAGUUCGUUUCUCCCCUUUUCGGAAACUAAUCUUUGA